AUGGAAAAAAUGGACAUUUCCUCAUCUGACGAGAAUACUACACCUCCACCCAAAGAAGUCACAAAUUCAUCAUCUCAAGCUUCUUCAAAUCCCGAGUUAUCACCAAAUUCAUCCAAUUCCACAGAAACAAAUUCUCAACCAUCUAGUAAUAGACUUCAGAUAGAUGACAUCUAUAGUUUAAAUGAAUCACAAAAGGCUGCUUUAGAUAAAGCAAAAGCCUACAUAAGAGAAAUACAAACUGUGCUAUUGCAAACAAUUGAUAAAAGAAAUGACUCACCACCAAUUGAUUCUUAUUAUUUUUCAACUUCUAACCUGGGAUUAACAUCUGGGAUAAUGGAUCUUCGAUCUAUAUCUGUAUUAUCACGUAUUUAUGUUGGAUCAAUUAAUUUUGAACUAACUGAACAACAUGUACGUGUUGUAUUUGGACAAUUUGGCACAAUAAAAAGCAUCAGCAUGUCAUUAGAUCCACUUACAGGUAAACAUAAAGGUUUUUGUUUUAUUGAAUAUGAAACUCCCGAGGGUGCAUCAUUGGCUCUUGAAACAAUGAAUGGUGCCGAAUUAGGUGGAAGACAGUUGAAAGUUGGUAGACCAAAUAAUUAUACAGCUGCUACAGCUGCUGGAUUUUUGCCACCACCAAAGACUCGAAUAUAUGUUUCAAAUGUUAAUGAAUACAUAAGUGAGAGAGAUUUAAUGAGCAUAUUUGAAUCAUUUGGCAAGAUUAUACAUUGUGUUCUAAUGCCUGAUCUCAUUACAAGAAAACAUAAAGGAUAUGGAUUCAUCGAAUUUGAGGAUGAAAUUGCUGCUAAUACAUCAGUAACCUCUAUGAAUAAUUUUGAGUUGGGAGGGUUGAUGUUACGUGUAAGGAAAGCAGUAAUUGGUGGACCUCUUAGUGAAGGCAUGAAGUCAAUUGAGAAGUUACCGCCACCAUUACCACCACCUCCGCAAGCAUCAUCAUUAUCACUUUUUGGAGGGAUGUCAUCAUCAUCAACUUUACUGUCUGCAGCAGCUCAAAAUGUAGCAGCAAAAAUAGCGGUGGAUAUUGUAUCAAGAAGUCAAACGUCUGUGGAAUCAGUUGCUCAAGAAGAAAACAUGAGUAUUACUUCCAGUCAACAAAUUGAUGAUGCUCUUGAAGAUGAAAUUCGUGAUGAAUGUAACAAUUAUGGCAAAGUAGUUAAAGUAGUAGUUCAUAUUAGUAAAGAUGAUGGUCAUGAAUUUGAAAAUGAAGAGGAAUCAGUGAAAAUUUUUGUUCAAUAUGAUGAUGGAAUAACUGCAGAGAAGGCCAAACAAAAAUUGGAUAAUAGAUGGUUUGGUGGACGUAGGAUAAGUGCAUUGUUAUAUGACUUCAAAAGAUUUCAAUUAGGCGAUUAUUCAAAUUAA